CUCAAACUUGCCACUACCAAGCUGUUGCCCCUCGCAACACUGUUUAUCAGCCCCAGCCUGACAAUGUUCAGGUACAGUUGUCAAGGCUUUUUCGGCAUCAUCAAAGAGGAGUAGGCACUGGGGUUAGAAAGAGGAAGCGGGAGACCCCUUGGUCCCAUACUUUCAUUUGUUUACCUGAUCCUCAAUGGACUUGUAUGCCCACAGUAGAGGAGGCUCGCUACUUUUCCUCUUGUGGAUUAGGACGAAAAACUGUGUGGUUCCCACACAAUGAAGGAGACCACUUAUACUUUAGCGAGCAUCUCUUCUCUGCGUUCCCGGCUCUUAGGGAUGGCGGUGGGUUUGUCCUGGCCCGUGGCAGCAGAGGAAAGGUUUUGGAGCAAAUGCCAAUACCACCAGAGGGAUACAGCGUGAGCUUUGUACGCUCAGCUUCUACAAGGGCUCCCUUGUACAUCAUCCCCCUUCAACGCAGCCUUACGCUCAGUCAUCCGUCAGUUGAAGAGGUGCCAAAAGUGAUGGAGACGUGUCUUAGCUGCCAGUCCUUAAUGCCACUUUGUGACUUGGCUGACCAUAUCCUGGAGUGCACAGGAAAAGAAGAAUCAAGGAAUGAUGAAGACUACAUGGAUGAUGACCUGGCUGUGGCUAUACAGCAGUCUUUAGAGGACCAAGUGGCACCUGUGCAACAACAAUCAAUAAUUGUUAUAGAGGACGAGGUUGGAGCAGCAGCAGGUGUGAUAAAUGCUCAGAGGCACACCCAGGAGCAGGUGAUGGUGGAGGUGGCUGAACUGGACGAGAACACAGAAAAUGAAGGGACAAGCGAGUGAGCGUUAUGCACAUUUCUAUUUUUGUAAAAUAUAUAUAUAUAUCUAACAGUGACGUGCG